AUGAACUGGAUCUUGAAGGGCGUCAAGGACGUACAGAAUCUCAGCAACAGCCUUCAUGCGCAAAACGAAAUAUUACAAGAAAGUCACGUUGAGUUGGCGAACCAGGUGCACGAACAGGUGGAAUCCGAGUCGGCCAACACCCCAGACACCAGCAGAGCUACAUCCUCAUCGGCGGUAGCUGAGGCACCAGGGCAGAACGUAGCCGAUGCAAGAAACAUACUGAAGGAGAAGAAGGCCUGGCGGGAGCGCAACAAACGCCUAGUGGAAGACAUUCGCAAAGGAAAAAAUCGGGUCAGCUCGGAGGAAGCCGAGGAAGAUGUCGACGACAUCACCUCCAAGCUUAAAGACUUGGUCAUUGGCGAGUUGAAGAGCGUAUGGGAUUGGCUCGGCCAAGUCGAGAAAUCUAAAAUGCCCACGAGACUAGAGUUCACCGAGGAGGAGAUCUCGUUACCAUAUACCCGGGACCUAUUACAUGCUCGGGUAGUGGGGGAUUCAAAGGCUCCAAAAAUUCCCUUAUAUAAUGGGAUAAUCGACCCGUAUGACCAUCUGGACAAUUUCCGCUAUGCCACGGAAGGACGCGACGCUAAUGAGGCGAUCAAGUGCCGCAUGUUCCCAACAACUCUCAAGGGCCCAGCCACGAGUUGGUUCAAACGACUCGUUCUGGAGUCCAUUAGCUCUUUCGCCGAGCUUCGGAAAGUCUUUUUGGAGAGAUACAUUAUCAUCUCUGAUUGGCUAUACACCGUGAAUGACUUGUCCACGAUCAGACAAUGGCCUGACGAGAAACUUAGGGAUUACAUUACCUGGUUCAACAACGAAUAUGCACGCUGUGAGGGAUGCGAUGAGGCCACAACACACAACGCUCUGAUGGGCGAACUCCAGGGAGAAGAUUUUAACUUUUCCCUCACCAAGAACCCCCCGAAGACGUCCAUAGACCUCCUCUGCGAAGUUACCAGCUAUUCCUGCGUCGAGCAGUUAAACCUAGCGAGGAAGGCCACUGUAGGGUCGGCCUCGGAAGCUCACACACCGUACCAGCCCAGGGAUAAGAGGCCCAACGACUACGCCUAUGAUCACUCAUCGAAAAGAAAGAAGGGAAAAUUGGGAUCCUUGGCUCGGAAGAAUCAUAUCAGACCAUAA